AUGGCAAAUGUGAUGUUCUCGGGGGUUAAAGCUGGCCUGGUGUCAGCUGAUGUGCUGCGGAGGGAACAGCAGGAGCUCAGAAGGCAGGAGAGAAAUAACAAGCACUUGGAAGAGGAAUCCAGACACUCUGAGACCGUCUUCCGAGACAAGUCGGGCUGCAAGCGGGACCUGGUGCAGGAGUGGCUGGAGCAGAGGAAGAAAGAAGAGGCCAAGUCUGAGAGGGAUGAGCAGUAUGCCAAGUGGGGAAAGGGGCUGGCACAGGGGAGGCAGCAGCAGCAGAACGUGGAAGAUGCAAUUAAAGAGAUGCAGAAGCCCCUGGCUCGUUAUAUUGAUGACCAGGACCUGGAUCGAAUGCUGAGAGAACAAGAGAGAGAAGGAGACCCCAUGGCUGACCUCAUCAAGAAAAGGAAGGCCAAAGAGAACAAAGAAAAGAAAGAAAAACCCCGGUACAAUGGACCAGCCCCUCCACUCAACAGGUUUAAUAUAUGGCCUGGGCAUCGCUGGGAUGGCGUGGACAGGUUUGUGUUGCUGACAGAGUGA